AAGUUCUCUCUCGAUCUGAAGUUUCAUUUGGUCUUGAGCUAGUGAUCAUGUCGCAGGUGUUGGUUUGGCUGCUUCUUGUCAUCACCCUUGCCCUUCAAACUUGUGGGGUCAAAUGUCAGGGCUCUAACGGCAAUACUAGGGAGAAAUUGGAGACUAAUGGAGAAAAGAGUGUGUUGGACCUGAUACGUCAAACUUUGUGCCAACCUCGAGAAGCUUUAAUCAAGGUUCAUGAUGAAUUUCCAGAGGAGAUGCAGUACAAGAUUGUGCCUAGUUGUGUGCCAGUGCAACGGUGUUUGGGCUGCUGUUCUGAUGAGGCGUGCACGUGUAUGUCUAAUAAAAAUCAUACAGUCAAAUUGGAGGUGCGCCGCAUUUACUCGAAUAAUACAGUAGAACUAAUUGUGUUGCCGUUUGUGAAGCACAUUCGAUGCAGAUGCAGUGUACAAAAAGUGAGUGUUAGUUUAAUUAAUUCCUACCUCAUGCCUGGUUUUCCUGCAAUAAACUCCAGCUCUGAACAGCAUAAAGCAGUUACUGAGAACUACUUUUUUUUUUAAAGCCAUUUGUUUGAUUUGUUACCUGUCCACUAAAAAAAAAGGAAAAAAAAUCAGUGAAAUUUACUCAAGAAAAGCAUGGUAACAAUUUCCACACAAGAUACUCUUAACUAGUGUAUUUUAAAUCAAAUUUAGAUGGCACCAAGUAAAUUUGACUCACAGUUUUUAUUCAUUUUUAUAAAUAAAUUCUACUCCAACCCAUAUAAAACACUAGUUAACCUCCAUUGAUAUCUUUAAUGGUUUUUGUCAGAAGUAGUGCAUCGUUGGAUGUAUAUUAGCCUUCAUAAUAUUGAACUGUUAGAAUGCAGCUUAACUCAGUUCUGCACACGUGCAUACGUACAUGCCAUACACCUGAUUUGAAAUUCACAAACAGGGUGAACCAAGAACUUUCCUGAAAUACUUGACCUUUCAUGAGAUUUCAUAAUACUUAGGACUUAAAUCCAACACGAACCAUGAAAUGUUUUGAAAACAACCCAUCCAAAAUGCUCACAAUUAUAGCAGGUUAAAAUGCAGGUGAACUCCGAUGUAAAUUGAGUUCUAAAAAAGAAAAAAAAAAUGCCCCCAUGUUUCAAAUAAACACCACUUUGGGUUUCAGACACAAUAUAGUACAGAGCUUGAUUUAAUUAUUUAAUAUUUAUUUCAUUUUAUUGGACUUUUUUAUAAAUUUGCUCUUGCCCAUGCUUUACUGUUAGAACUGGAAUAUAAUUGACAGUACCAAGCAAUAGAGCUCUUUAAUUUUUACAGACUCAUGAUCCUGCCUCCAGGCACUUGGGUUUUUUGUUUGUUUGUUUGUUUGUUUUUUGAUCAUCCUAUGAUUGUCAGUAUUUUGGACAAACUUGAACUUUUACAAAGCCAUGGCCUAAUGGUUAGAGAAGCAGCUUUGGGACCAAAAGGUCACUGGUUUGACUCCCUGGACCAGCAGGAAUGGCUGAAGUGCCCUUGAGCAAGGCAUCUAACUCCAACUGCACCUCAGGUUGCUCUGGGUAUGUUGUUCUGGAUAAGAGUGUCUGCAAAAUGACAUAUGAUAUCCUGGUAACCACAAUCAGUUGUCCUCAGACAAGAGAUUAUCAUAAUCUGUUGAUGUUCAAGUGAAGUUUUUCCACCUUCCAACACGUGCUUCCAAAACCAAGUGGGAAGGAUACAGUAUAUACCUUGUACUAGCUGAAGAUAUUCUGGUCAAACUGAUGGAGCCGUCAUCACCAAAUCGUGCAAGCAGGACAUGGGAGAUCUACCACAUGUCUGCUAAAGUCAUGGACUCAAUUGAGGAGGAGCAUAUUAAUCAUCUACUUCCUGAUAAAGCUGACUUUUUUUUCUGGUGUGUUUUCUGAUGUCUAUGCUGAAAAAUUGCAGUUGUACUGAAGUUUGUAUUUUGCUGUUUUCCAUUGUGAAUAUUUACAGAAAGAUAAAGUGCACAUGACAUUUAUUUACUGUACCAAAUUGUUAAAGUUGUUAAGCAAGGAAGCAAUGGCUGAAUGGUGAAAAGGUUGGAACUGUUUGUUGUAAUUAGGCCACUGCUACUAUUAUCAGAUGGAACUAAAAUUUGUGUCUUUUACAAUAAAAAAAAAUAUGUCCAAAA